AAAACAAUUGCAUAAACUUUGUCAAAAAAAAAAUUAUGAAAAAAACGAAAUUGUAUAUAGGUGAUUCGACACACAAUCACUAAUUUUGUGUAUAUUGCAUGAAUUGAUCUGAAAAGUAGCAUGGUGUUUUAGAUCGGUUGCAAAGGGCAACUGUGUUUAGAUGCUAUAGAAGUUAUCAUUAAACCAAACUAAUAAUUUAAAAGCUAGUUUUAAAACAUUAAUAGUAGAUAACAAAAAAUCGACACCUGUUGCUAUGGUAAUCAACAAUGUUAAAGAUAAUGAAAAUGGAGAAAAAAAACUUUACUUCUGAAAAGCGGAAAUACUUGUUUUAAACACAGUACCUUAACAUUCAGUAAAUCUAUAACUUUAAAAAAAAUUUAACUACCAAAAAUAAUUUUCCAAAAUCAUCAACAAAUCGACACCUGUUGCUAUAAUGGUAAUUAACAAGGUUAAAAAUAAUGGAAAUGGAUAAAAACACAAGUAAUACAUUUACAUUCAUUCAGUCAUUCAAUAUAGUAAUUGUAUAUUUAUCCUUAACCAUUGAAUGUUUUCUUUUGUUUUGUUUUCUUUUUCUUUUUUUUUUGUUUGGAUAUCGCGCAGACAAACUGAAUAUGGCGCGUUAGCGUGGUAUGAUAAUUUGUCUGCACGGCCUGGUGUGUUCUAGGACCGACGAUCAUUCCAUGCUGAUUUUCAUAUUUUUUUAUUGUUUAUUUGGAUUUGUAUUGUAUCGUCGCUUUAAAGCUAUUAUAUAUACAUGUACGCUGUUAAUCAGGGAUAUGAAUAUAAUAAUGAAAAUAUGAAACAGCCAUACAACAUGUUAUUUAGUUCGCUUCCGCGGCUAAAAAAUAGUGCCAGAAACUUUGUAGGGGAAACUUUUUUUUUUUAGAUAGAAUAGAUCUAUAUGAUUAAAAGAAUUUUUUUCAAAAAGUACAUAUCAAAUUGGUUAUAUAAGUUUGAACGUUUCAUUGAAUCUUACGAUAAUAACUCUAUUCAAAAUGUAUGAUGACUUUUACCUCUGCUUAUAUAUGUGUUAUUGAAAAUUGAACAUCAAAGUUUUAAAACAUAAAAACAUAAAAGGUGAAAAUACUUAAAAUUAUGGUUAUACGUGUUCGAUUCGAUUUAAGUCACGUGAUCUAAAUGUAUAAAUUGUUGGGGCAUGCGGUAGCGUAGCACUCUAAGCUCGCUUCGUCGCUAAUGAAUUGUUCAGAAAACGGCGAAAUAUAUGGGCUGCAGUGUUAAUGAAUUAGGUCUAUCAAAUGAAGAAACCAAUGAUUGAGCUGAUUAUAAUUAUGUGAUGCAUACAUGUACUAUUAUUUAAAAACCGCUAACGAGCAUGCAGCCUUCUUACGUAAAACUUGUUUUGUUAUUCAUAAUGAAUAUUGUACUUUCACGGAAUAUAAAGCGCGGCCUUUUGAUUCGUAUUCCGUUGAUUACUAUUGAUUUACAUCUUCCACAAGAAUAAAUGACAACAUUAUUUUCCCGCAAUACAAUUUUUUCGUUUCUGACCUGAUUUGAAAUAUGAUACUAUGAGAACUCGAUAUGAUUUGAUAUAUAUCUACAUACAAAAGGCUACAAAUGUAAUUGCAAUGGUUUCAUCCGUGUAUUCGACACUGACGCUUCCUACAAUUUGUCAGUCUUUUUUUUUUUCUUGCUUAAUUCCGAACAUAAUUAGCUGUGAUGUACACCGAAGCGGGUGUAUAUGAUGAAAUCUUAGAUCUGUAAUUUUGCCUAGCAUUUUUUUUUCUUUGGAUGACGAAGGUUUUCUUAUUUCGCCCACGUGUAGGGAUAUCUCAUCGCUUCUUCGGGAAAUGGUUUGUAACGUGUUGAUAGUCAAACCAAAUUUUAUAUAUUAUCUCCAUGAAUUCAACAGCAAUGAACAAUAUGUCAACAACCGACAACGAGAACAAUGCUGUAAACUAUCCCAGCAUGCUUUGGAUUGCUCCUACGUCAUUGGCCCUCCUCAUCAUAACCGGAAACAGUAUGGUCAUUGGCGCCUGUUUCCAUUUCGCCAAAAGCCGAAGUUAUACCUUAAAUUUCAUUUUAGCUUUGUCGGUCGCAGACAUAGCAACGGGGAUGGGUAUGGUCUUUAAUGUUUUUACAAGAAUUAAUGCGGAUAUUUUGUCUUACAAAAUCCCUUGCAUUCUCUCCUAUGAAGUUUUCUUCACUAUGGCGUUGAUUUCAGUAAACCUCCUGGCUUGUACCACAUUUGAUAGGUACCUUUCUAUCUGCAAACACGAAAGGCACAAACAGUGGAACACGAAAACAGCGGUGACGGUCCAGAUCUACUGUUCCUAUAUUGUAGGCUUUAUUGUUGGUGGCUUUCCAUUUUUGGGACUAAAUCGAUGGGAAAAUGGAAUGAAAUGUGAAUUCAAAGAGCUUUACCCACAGGAGUUGUAUCUUGUAAAGGCUUCACUGAUGUUUCUUGGAUUUGGCGUCAGCUUCGUUCUCUAUGUAUUCAUUUUACGAAAAGCAUGGAGAAUAUACAGUGGUAGACACAUUGAAGUGUUACAUAAUGCAAUCGUGCGACAACGAAAUAAUUUUAUUCAAGCAAAACUGAUAGGCAUCGUCACCAUCUUGAAUACGAUUUGCUGGCUUCCUUACAGUUCCAUUACUUUGGUGUUUGGAAUUACUAAUCAGUCGAACAGUGCUGGAUACCUGGAUUUUGCUUUCUUGCUUUUGGGCUUUACCAAUUCCUUGAUUAAUCCUAUCAUAUAUGCCUGGAAUCGACCCGACUUUCGCGCUUUGUGGAAGAAACGGUUUCGUUGCAGAUCACAAGUUGAAAACUCUAAUGAAGUUCGACCUACCAUUAUCUUUGUUCAAAGUAAUUGCUAAAGUUGUGCGUGAUCCCUAUGUUUAAACAUUUUAUGAAAAGGAGAGUAAUUCGCAGUGCAUAGAAUUUAUAGACUUUAGUGAAAGUCUCCUCAUUAGGUCUAUCUAUUCAUUUUGGAGGUGCGGUGCUCCAGAGGCGGAGCCGAUGGAAAUACAGUAGUCGCUGUCAAGGCGGAUACAAUGGAAUUGCUUGUUGUCUGAAUAGUCAGUAUAUGUGUAUUAAUUAUAUCGAAGAAAUCCUUAUUUUUCGGCGAUGCAAAGUUUGUUGUUGGUAAACAAGCUCGAGUUUUAAAGAAGACGAGUUUUAAAAGCUAUAUUUUGGAGAGUCAGGGGCUGCUUUAUAAAUCAAAGUACCGAAGAACUGACGGGAGUUGAUUUUAUCGAUGUUUAUUUAUUUUAAAAUCAAUGAUAUGUUAUUUUGCAUGACAAGUACAGGUAGUUUCUAAUCUGUAUUUGAAUUACGCACAUUUUUAUAAUACGAAUUUUCGGACUUUUUCGACACAAUAAUGUUGAUAAAACCCCAUAAUUAUGAAUUUAAAGAUAGAAUAAAUUCAAUCAAACUAUGUAUCAGUGAUAGAAAUAUUUCUGGAAAAUAUAUGGAUCCAAACAAUUGAACCCUCGUCUCGUUCAACCAAACGCUCGACUGUCGCCGUAAAUCUCCGACAAGCAAGAGAGACUCUCUGCUUGUCGGAGAUUUACGGAGACAGCCGAGCGUAGAGUACUAUUUUGAACUCUGGCGUAAGAAUUCAUACAACUACAAAAAAUAUCGAAAUUGUUUGUACCAUUUAAAAUCUGACUAUUUUCAAGGUAUUUAUAAAUAAGUUUCCUUGUAAAACAAUGGUUUAGCAUACAUUACUUCGAGUUUAUCAAUUAUUCUCAAGAACUAUGUCUUGUCAGC